AUGGCCGACUACCCGCGCGAUCGAGUGCCGCCGCCGCGGCAGCCGAAUCAAUAUGGGCAAGCCAACAACUACCAGCGGGAUGCUGCUUUCUCGAAUAUCUUUGGGGCUGCUCCCCCUCCGGGCCGUUCGCAGACCAUGACCUCGUCUGUCCCUCCGCCCCAGUUUAUGCAACAACAAGAUGGACGCACGCAUACAAUGUCAUCAACCACGUCGGCCAUGUCGGAGAUGCAAAGACCGCCGCCCCAGCGAGCGCCGCCGGGAGGAGGUGGUUAUGGUGAUCCAAUGCAUCCUCCUCGGCAACGCCCCGUCGAUGGUGGCCAAGGGUACGGAUACUACCAGGGCCAGCAGCAGCAGCCGCGCUCAGUGUCGAGCGGACCGCAAGUUCCGUCCCCCCAAUAUCUGCAGCAGCAGCAGCAACAGGCACGGCGCCCGUAUCCCGGCAGUCCCCCCUCCCAGCAACCGCCCCCCCCGCGGCUCGAUCCCCCGCGAGGACCGCCACCACCACAGGGCUACUACAACCAGCAGCGGACACCUGCGCAGCGCUUCUAUCAGGGUGGCGGUCCUGCGCCCGCCAUGAACGCAGACCCGUAUCGAUCGCAAUCCUUGGCUAGCUAUCCGCGACCCCAAAUGUAUCCAUCCCCGCCACAACAACCAUACCAGCAGCAACAGGCACCGGCGAACGCCUUCCGGAAUGCCCAGUACAAUCAACAACACUCGGCACGUACGACGGCCCAAGGACGGAUUGUUCCCGAGAGGCACAUGGAGGACCGCUCCAUGACCAUGACCGGCUAUCCUUCCCAUGACCGAGACGCGCACCAGACAAUGAGCGGCCGCGUGAUCCCCAACAGGAGGCCGGCCGGGGUUCCUCCUCCUCCGGCCGACUACGUAGAAGGCCCAUCGCCGAAACUCGGAUACGCAGCCGGUUACGCCGCGCCUGGGUCGCAGACAAGGACCACGAGCAUGGCGUCUUCGACCGUUGCCGACGGUGGGAGGACCAUGUCGAUGGCUUCGACGAUAGUUCCGUCUUCAAUAGCCCCGAGCGAUAAGGUGGACAGCCAGGCCAUUGUGCAACGGUCUUCGAGGGGCAAUUCGAUACACGAACGGCCGCCGACCGCCAAGAUUCGACCCCCAAUCGUGUAUCCCGCCCUGCUCUCGCGCGUUGCCGAGUGCUUCCGCCAAAAGAUUGUCACGGGCGACCGGACAAAGAACGAACUUACGUACAAGAACGCUUUCAGCGGAGCUGAAGCUGUUGACGUGCUUUCGUACAUUAUUCGGACUACAGACAGGCAGCUGGCAUUGCUCUUGGGUCGCGCGCUCGAUUACCAAAAGUUCUUCCACGAUGUUACAUAUGAGCAUCGACUACGGGAUUCGACAUAUGAAAUAUAUCAGUUUAGGGAAACCAUAUCGGAUAACGUCGAGGAGAAGCCGACCGUCAAUGGCGUGUUUGUGUUGCUCUCCGAGUGCUAUUCCCCAACAUGCACGAGGGAUCAGCUCUGCUACUCUAUUGCAUGCCCACGGCGGCUGGAACAGGUAUCGAGGCUGAACCUAAAGAUGGGUCCUGGUCUCAAGAGGGAGGGAGAAAAUGCUGUGAACGACGACGACGCGGACCAGACGGAUGAGCAGAAGCUGUGGAUCAACAGCGUGCCCAAGGAGGUGGCAGAUAGCAUAGGUGACCGCGAGAAGAAGCGCCAAGAGGUCAUUUCGGAGAUCUGCUACACGGAACGAGAUUUCGUCAAGGACCUCGAGUAUCUCAGGGAUUUCUGGAUAUACCCGCUUCGUGGCAGGAUCAACGGCAUGUCGCCCAUUCCGAUACAGAGAAGAGAAAAGGUCGUCCGGAACAUUUUUACCAAUAUCAUCGACCCUCCGAGCAUCCACGGUGUCAGCUCCAGGUUUGCUCGCGCGUUGACGGACCGGCAGCAGAAAGCGCCCGUCGUAAGAAAUAUUGGCGACGUGUUUCUGGAGUUUGUGCCACAGUUUGAACCCUUCAUCUUGUACGGAUCGAAGCAGCUCGAAGGCAAGUUUGAGUUUGAGCAGGAGCGGUCCAUCAACAAGGAUUUUGCGAGGUUUGUGGAUGAGGUGGAGCGACGGAGAGAGUCGAGGAAGUUGGAGCUCAACGGCUAUCUGACAAAACCGACGACGAGAUUGGCACGGUAUCCGUUGCUUCUGGAGCAGGUGCUGAAAUACACAGAGCCCGAUAACCCGGAUAAGGAGGACAUUCCCAAGGUCCUGACCAUGAUCAGGGACCUCUUGAGCCGUGUCAAUGCUGAAAGCGGCAAGGCAGAGAAUCGCUUCAACCUGCGACGACUGCACGAGCAGCUUAAGUUCCGGCCCAACGAGAGGGUAGACUUGAAACUUUUGGAGGACGGCCGAGAGCUCGUCUACAAGAGCCAGCUGAAAAAGGGCCCAACCGAGCAAGCUGACAUCACAGGCUAUUUAUUCGACCACGCUGUCCUCUUCGUGCGCGUCAAGCAAGUGGGCAAGACGGAAGAGAUCAAGGCCUACCGCAGACCCAUUCCCUUGGAGCUGCUCUCUAUCAAGGAGAUGGACGAAGUGAUACCGCAGUCGGGCGCCGUGAAGCGGACCUCAUCGAGCAUACUGCCCGCGCUGCGGACUUCUAAUACCGACACCAAGAAGGGCGAAGGCUGGCCUAUCACGUUCCGACACCUUGGCAAGAACGGAUACGAAUUAUUACUUUAUGGUGCCAACCAGUCCGGGCGCCAGAAGUGGCUGGAGCUCAUUGACGCUGCUCAGCAGCGGCUCAGGGCUCGGGCUGAUUUCCUGAACAUGACUGUCAUCUCGUGCAGCUUCUUUUCUGGUCAGAACAAGGUCAACUGCGUGACGCCGUUUGACGGCGGGCGCAAGCUCAUAUAUGGAACCGACAACGGCAUUUACAUGUCAGACCGUCGGGCAAAGGACAAGGAUGCGGUGCCCAAGCGGGUGAUUGACGUGCCGAGCGUGACGCAGGUCGACGUACUCGAGGAGUACCAGCUGCUGCUUGUGCUCUCGAACCGAUCGCUCCUCUCGUACCAGCUCAGCGCGCUCGAUCCCAACGAGCCCAUCUCGUCGAAGCGGGCGAAGAAGAUCCAGAACCACUGCAACUUCUUCAAGACGGGCAUCUGCAUGGGCCGCCACCUCGUGUGCUGCGUCAAGAGCUCGGCGCUGUCGACCACAAUCAAGGUGUACGAGCCAAACGAUGCCAUGUCGCGCACCAAGAAGCAGAAGGGCCUCAGCAAGAUGUUCAACGCCAGUCAGGACGAGCUCAAGCCGUUCAAGGAGUUUUACAUUCCCACCGAGUCGAGCUCGGUGCACUUCCUCAAGUCCAAGCUUUGCGUGGCUUGCGCCCGGGGCUUCGAGGUGGUCAGCCUCGAGACGCUCGAGACGCAGUCGCUGCUUGACCAGGCCGACACGUCGCUCGACUUUGUCGCGCGCAAGGAAGGGGUCAAGCCGAUCCACAUUGAGCGGCUCAACGGCGAGUUCCUGCUCAAUUACUCCGAGUUCUCCUUCUUUGUCAACCGCAACGGCUGGCGCGCCAGGCCCGAGUGGCGCCUUGACUGGGAGGGCACCCCGCAGGCCUUUGCGCUCAGCUACCCCUGGAUCCUGGCCUUUGAGCCCAACUUUAUCGAGCUCAGGAACAUUGAGACGCUGGCGGUGCACAUUGUGCCCCAUAAAAACAUUCGCAUGUUGCAUAGUAGUACGCACGAGAUCCUUUUUGCGUAUGAAGACGAGCGAGGCGAGGAUGUUAUCGAGGCCAUUGACUUUUGGAAGAGCCAGAGAAAGUCGGAGCUGUACCCCCCGCAGCAACAACAACAACAGCAACAGCAGCAGCUGGCGUUGCCAUCAAAUAGCGCCGGGCGGAUAUGA